GCCGCUGCUUAUGGUGGAAAUGUAAUAGAUAUAAGUACAGAGCUCGUGAGCGAACUAAAAACGCGAUAGAGAAGUAGAGAGAGGAUGUUCCGUCCUUGUCUAAUGACGCGCACUUGUACAGGAAAUAUGUAACAGCGGUAUACGAGCAGCGUCAGUGUCCACUAGUGUGCAUGCCUGAUUAAACAAGGACAGGAAGUAUCUAUACAUGGUGUUCUCUUUCUAUUUCCAUGUUGCAUCCAUCUUACUAUACAGUACACACACUCAGCUAUUCUAUCAUUAUAUUUGUGCGUUGCUUAUGUGUGAACCAAACAUUUCCAUGACAACAAAUCGUUUGUCUCUUGUUUGAUGCUCGGUUUUCAACAGAGUUGAAAGAAUUUUUUAAGAGAAACGCAAUGGACGGGUUGUUUUUAAAGCAAUAAACGGAAAUUCUCGUAUGCAUUGAGAAACGAUAGGCGAUUUGAAAGUGUCACUAUGAACGGUGAUUUAUCGAUGCAAGGUAGUAUGAAUAAGAUAUUUUAUAAUCUGCGAAAAAAGGUAAGGAAUAUUCUAGAUUUUAGAUUUUAGAAUUUCCACGUCACAGACGAGUGUGUUUUGUUAUUUGAUUUGUAAUAUUGCUGCAGUUCUCUUAAUAGCUGUUCGUUUCAUGCGAUACUCGCACAUAGUAUCUAUGACUUUUGCUUCUAACAAUUUUUAUAAUUAGGCUGUAUCAAAUAUUUUUAACGUUCGUGUUUCAUGAAAAAUCAUGUGUAACUCGUUGAAUUCGCAAAUGUAACAAAAAAUUACAUGAAAAACCUUAUAUUAUUGUAAUGAAAAAAUAAUUAUAUUAGGAGGAGAGUCGUAUUUCGGAACGUCAUCGGAACAUAUUACACCUUGUAUGUGAUUAUUUGGAACACAAUGGGUGAGUAUAUUAUAAUUAAAAUAUAUUCCUAGUUCCAAUUCUUUUGAAUAGUGUCAGUGACCAAUCGAAAUAGAAAUCAGUGGACAUCAUGGAGAGAGAAGGCGAAACCAAAUUUGAAAAUUCGACAUCGGUAAUUCAGUAGUUAAGAAUAACUCAAUCGAUUAUGUAGAUUAACUAGUUAUAAACAAAUAUAUGAAGUAUAAAUUCAAAUUAUUCUUAUCCAUCUAAAAAUUGGAAAUUAAAAAGCAGAAGACAAGAAAUUAUCUUCGAGGAUUUAUAUAACGUUAGCGAUGUAUUAUUCCGGGAAGCUCGUCUAUCUCCCGAACAUCGGGUUUGCGACAACAUCGAUUUGGAAAUUAUCGUUGCAGAGUAUGAAAAUUAUUACAAGAUGAAAUUUCAAAAAUAUCCCAUAUUGUGUAAGAAAAUAACUGGAAGGGAAAUGACGAGGGAAGUGACAAAUGCAAGCAAAACUGUUUGUAGAAGUAUUGAGACAAAAGCCAAAUCUGUUAGUAAACAAGCGAGAAGUGAGCCUGUGAAAGAGACGAAUCUACAGCAGAAGAUAACUGAUGACAAUACGAAUCAUAUUAAUCUCGCAAUGACAGUGACGUCAAUAUUCCCCAAUGAGAAUGAUGGACGUUCAUCAGAAGAGCUAUUUAACGUCCCAAUGGAACAAUCCAUGCAAUCGAAGAUAUUGAAAUGCGUUGAAAAGCUUUAUUCAGAUAAUCCGGAAUUACGAAAGAUUGCUGAGGACAUCUCAUGCGAGAUCAUAGUAAACAAAUUAAAUGUACAUUGGGAUGACGUUAUAGGCCUAGAGGAAUGUAAAACCGCUGUUAAGGAGGCCGUUGUGUAUCCCCUUAAGUAUCCUAUCUUUUUUGAUGGCCCGUUUUCCCCCUGGAAAGGUAUUUUGCUGUACGGCCCACCUGGUACAGGGAAAACGAAGUUAGCGAAGGCAGUCGCGACAGAAUGCCAUUGCACCUUUUUUAACAUAACUGCCAGCUCAUUGGUCAGCAAAUGGAGAGGCGAUUCCGAGAAGUAUAUACGUGUAAGUUGCUUUGUCUAUGUUUUAUUUGAACUUGCCUAUAGUCAUUCGCCUACAAUUAUUUUUAUCGACGAGAUUGGCUGGAUCGCCACAAAUAAAGGAGACUGUAUAUUGUCUGAACCUGCAAAGAGAUUCAGAUCAGAACUUCUUUCUAGAUUGGAUGGAUUAGUGUCUAAUGAGAAUUCUAAUGUAGUUCUUCUGGCUACAACUAAUUCCCCUUGGGGCAUUGAUGCAGCUUUACUCAGGCGUCUCGAAAAGCAAAUAUACGUAUCAUUACCCAAUGAAGUUGCUCGACUUGGUAUAUUCAAAUUAUACCUUAGCAACCACUUAUUAGAAAAUACAGAUAUUGUAAACCACAUAGUAAAAUGUACUGAAAGAUAUUCUUGUGCAGAUAUAAAAUUGCUUUGUAAGCAAGCGUGGCUACUAGAAAUAAGCCCGAUAUGGAGGAGACUUGAAAAGAAAGAAACACCUGUUACCACUUUGAAAUAUGAAUUAAAAAGUUAUGAAAUAUUAGCAAAAUUGUUAAAAAAAAUGUCACCUACAGUUAUGCAAAUAGAUAAAUAUGAUACGUGGAACAAAUAAAUACGCAAUCGUAAGGACAGAUAUUGAAAAAUAUAAAUAAAUGGAUUAUCGUUCGAGAAAUCAUUCGUAUGUGUGUGCAUGUGUGUGCGCGCGCGCGCUAUAGGCUAAGUUUAAAAUGUUCGGUUGUAUUAUAUCCUUGUAUUAUAUAUGUCGGAGAUGAAAGGAAAACCGGAGCCUUCCCUUUGCAAUUUUGAGGAAGCCUUCUAAUGCUUUAGCCUAGAUUUUAUCAUAACUGUAAUUAAGCAAUUGUCAUUUGUAAUUGUUUGAUAUUUGUGAAAGCGAAAGUGGGUUCGAGGUGACAACUGGUCGCCGAACGUAGCCACGGUCACGGGAUAAACGUUUUGCCUGACGAAGGUGUGGAUCGGUUGUAUUGUUCUCCCUAGAAAUCACAUAGAAUUGUACUUUAGAGAUGUCGAUAUAAUGGGACACACGUUGUAUUAGGAAUCAAUCUCCAGACAGAAACUGCCUAGUAACGGCGUUUGAAUCUUUCUCGAUGUUUCCAAAGAGUAUACAACAAACUUUUGACAGAAAUUGCCUAGCAACAACGAUUGGAACCUUCUCGAUGUUUCCAGCGAGCAUAUAACAAACAAAUGCAAUCGUAUAGCGAAAAAGAUUUUCAUCAGAUAUUCAUUCGUGUGAUCACCUUGGAAAGUGAUACAUCGAGCAAUUUACCGAGUGUCUCAGCAAUUGUAGUUUGUGUUUAAAAUUAUUCUACACAUAGUAAAGAGUUAUCCUGUUGACCGUGGAUUCGUUUGAACCCCGGAACAUUGUUAAUAGCGUUAAUUAAAUUCAUUAUUCGUGAAACUUAUCAAUCGUUAAUCUCAUUAUACGUUAAAUUCAUUAUUCGUAAGACAUAUUAUUCGUUCCUCUUAUUGUUCGUUAAACUUAUUAAUCUUUAAUCUAAUUAUUAGUUAAACUUAUCGUUUGUUAAUCUUAUUAUUUAUUAAACUCAUUAUUCAUAAUAUUUUGUAAAACCUUGUUUAUUCGCGUAAAUAUAUUCUCUGUUUCGUAAAACAAUGGCUAAUUCAAACGAAGGAUCAUUACGCGCCUUAAAUCCUAAUGAUAACCCGACAUAUAUAUGUGAGUGUAUUUUAUCAAAAAUAUGUUUUUUAUGUUUUCUUAUCUUAGUAAUUAUUUUUAAAAAAGUCUUAAAGUCUUAUAUGAAAAUAAAGCUGUUCUUUAUUUCAAAUAAUUGAAGUAAAUAAAUACAAUGAGUUUUAUAUUUUA